CCCCCAGGAGGCCAUGUCAUGCACAGACAGACCCCCAGAAGGCCCUGGGGGGAACACAACUGAGGAGCAUUUGGAACUGCGGAAUGAGGCCCAUGCAGAACGGUUCUUUGCUGUGGCUUUGCAGCUGAGAGAACAGCACCAUUUUGUGGAUGUGACUGUGACCCUAGGCCUAAGGAACUAUGAAGGACACAGUGUCCUCCUUGCCGCAGUGAGUUCUGUCUUCCGGCAACGUUUAGAAUGUGGGGAGCAAGGUGUGGUGGAGUUGGAUGGUGUGACUGCACCACGUGGCUGGGAGGCCAUUUUGAAUUUCGCCUACACUGGGGAGUUGGAGGCCACACCGGAGAUGGCUGGGGAGGUCCUAGAUGCAGCUGAAGCACUGGGCGUCCCUCGCGUGGCUGAGAUUUGCAAGUCGGUGUUGAUUGGGACCGAGACAGAGGGCAGGCUGAGUCCAGCGGAAGAAAAAUGGGAGAUGCUACGGAGCCUGGAGGAGCUUUAUGAAGAAGGCGUUGGUUGGGACCUGGAGCUUAAAGCUGAAGGAGAUACCUACCGAGUUCACCGCCUGGCCUUGGCUUGUGGCUGUGAGUUCUUCCAUGGCAUGUUCACCAGUGGCAUGAGGGAAUCUCGUCAGGCAGAUACCCCUCUCUGCACCCGCUUCACCUCAGCUGAUCUGGGCCUGGUCAUCUCCUUCGCGUACUCAGGAGUGCUAGUGGGCAGUUGGGAUUAUCUAUUUGAUGCUGCACAGGCUGCUCUACAGUACCAGGUCUCCGGCAUCUUGGACCUCUGCUUGGAUUUCUUCCAUCACAAGCUGACCCCUGAAUCCAGCUUGGACGUCCUCUCCUUUGCCCGGGCCUAUGGCCUACAUGAUCUGGAAAACACCGCAGAGAAUUUUGUGUUAAGGAACUUUGCUCAUGUCAUAGGAACGGCCAAGUUCCUGGACCUUCCUGUCAACCAACUUGUGGACUUCCUCAGUUCAGAUGCUCUCUACAUCCUCAACGAACUAGAGGCCUUCCAAGGAGCCAUCCGCUGGCUGGACGCUGACCGAGCUGGGCGAAUGGACUGUGCCGAGAAAGUCUUGAGCUGCAUCAGGUUCCCUUUGAUGUCUACUCGGGAGCUCAAGCAGGUGCGGGCAGAAGAAUUGAUGGCCUCCCCAGGUCGCUUCUAUAACCUCAUGGUUGAAUCUUUAGCCCGCCUUCCACCAGGCCCCUCCAAGAUGGAGCAACUCCCUUGCCGGAUGAGGUACCCAGAGAAAGUGAUAGUUAUUAGCGGAGGAGAUACUCUGGCCAAGAAUAUGGCCACUCGCAGCCCCAGCCGGGACUUCUGGUUCACCCACCGCUUCCUCAGUGGCAUCGGGUUGGUCAAGCAAGUUGAAUGGCGCCGUCUUGGGGAGCUUCCAGAAGGACCACGCUUCCGUCAUGCUGUGGCAGUCAAGGACAACGUGAUGUACAUCUUUGGGGGAAAGCACUACUAUGGGAUCAGGGACACCAUGUGCUCAGUGUACAAGUUCGAGCCCCUCUGUGGGAGCUGGGAGCGACUGGCCGACAUGACAAGUCGCCGGAGCUAUUUCCCAGCAGUCUUCCUGGAUGGCGUUUUCUACGCAUUGGGGGGCAGUUCCAAUGAUGCCUAUUGCCUGGAUUCAGUGGAGUGCUAUGAACCCCGGACCAAUGCCUGGAGGCCUUGCACAUCCCUGCCUGCACCGCUCUGCGGCCACGCUGCCUGUGUCCUGGACGGAUCCAUUUACGUCUCUGGGGGCAGUGAUGGUUCGUGCCGCUGCCAAACGACCCUGAUGCAGUAUCACCCGGGUGCCCGCCCCACCCCACUGGCCUCCAUGUGUGAGGAGCGCGCGGGUCACGCCAUGGAGCCACUGGGCGGGCGGCUCUACGUGGCAGGAGGCCUGCGAUGGAGGGAUGGCCAUGGCGGCUACGCAGAUCAGCUGGCUUGCGAAGUGUACAGCCCAGGCCAGGAUGUCUGGGUCGCCCUCAGCCCUCUGCCACAGCCUCACGUCAUUGCUGGAUCCGUCGUCCUGCAGGGGGAGCUCUACAUCCUCGGUGGCUAUAGCCACAACACCUAUCGUGAUACCCACUUGAUCCAUUGCUACAACCCAACCCACGAUCGAUGGGUCAACGUAGGGACGCUGCCUCAGGCUUACGCCGACCUCAAGGCCUGCAUCUUAGAAGUCCCUCCCUCCCUCAGGAGGAAAGAAGCCGUGCCCUUAGAUACCCCCAGCCCGGAAAUCCCCCCUCACCCUUCAGCCGAGCCCACAAACCACGAAUAAGCCUCCCCAUCUUUUCUAUAGUGGAAUCUUCUCUUAUCUUAAUAUAGACAUAGGCUCUAAUAUGCAGGUUGGUUCACUCAUUGCAUGUAUAGUUUCUAGUUGGAUUACUGCGCACUUCAUCGGAACCUGUGAAUUUGACUCAACUGGUGAGCAUUGAGACUGAGGUGAUGUCCAAAUUCUGCCUGUGGUGUUUUAUCCAGAGUGGCCCAUUUGUAGGCACAAGUCGUUGAUUGAUAUUGUAGGAAUCAAGUGACAACCACGCCAUCUGUGAGCCAACCUUGUGCUUUUAACAAAGGCAUAGCAAGCAGAAAUAAAAUGGUAAUGUUUUGCCCCCUACUACACUGAGUUAAAGCUGUAUCUGUUAAAUUUCUGCCUGCUUUGUAGCUGUUAAAGCUGCCCAGAAGCUCUGUAAGGAAGAAACAAGGCAGUAAAAUGCUAUUGCCGUGAGGUUUCUCCCCCUUUGCAGUGAUGUCCUAAGCAAGUGGCAUUGCCAGUUGUCAUCAGUGAGAAUUUAAUCUAGUUAAACAAAGCUCAGCACAAGAGCUUCUGUCUUAAGCUAAGCUGAGCAAGAGAUCAGCUGCAAAGUCUUAAUGAGCAGGUUACAAUAUGCCAUAUGAACUACAGCCUCUAACCUACUAUUUAGCUUUUAAAAAUAAAUUAUUGUGGGGAGUGUUUGAAUUCUUUGAGAAAUGUAAUCAGGAUGAAUGCAGUCUUAAGUCACAUGACUUCAGGAUUGCCAGCUUUU